GUACUUCCACGGUCACGCCAACAUGGACGCUCUAAGGGAACAGCUGAUGUCAGAACAGGACCGUACCUCCAAGUUCAAGCAACUGGUUAUAAAGGAAAAGAAAACUAAUGCUCACUUGUCAGGUGAGGUCAGACGGUUAUCUUCUGCGCUAGAGGCCUCAAAUCAACAGAAAAGAAUGUUAGAGAAUGAGCUGAAUAAACUCAAGGAGGAAAUCGCUUUUUUCAAAUCCUCGGCUCUUUGUCUAGUCCAAGAAUGGCAUGCUUCUGAGAGUGUACCUGAACUCAGCGAUCUUAAGAGGAAAACACCUGGGAAUCGUUCACCUAUUCUUAAGGGCCAUGCACUCAUCAAUCAAAAGAACACCACUUCCGCUUUGUAUGAGCAUGCACGUGAGACGUUUCGUAAUGGGAUGAUGCCAGAAUCUAACGUCGCGGAUGUUUUCAGUUUAUGUGAUGAAAACGAAUUCUUUUGCAACGUGAACGAUGAUAAAGUUAACUCAUUGUACUCAGAUUUGAAAUCAUAUCGGUCAAGGAACACAUUUUCUCAAUUAAAAUCACAGGAUUAUUGCUCUGAGACCGUUUCUCAUAUUGCCUUCGAGAACAGGGGCUUAUUGCAUAAAAGGUGCACACAGCGACAUCACUGUUUGUGUGACUCGUCACUGCAUCGAUUUCAUCCCAGAGUUUUAAGUUUACCGUCACUGGACGAUUCUGCUUACUGCUUUCACUGGCAACCAUCGCUAACACCUGCCAACUGCAAAUGGCGUGAAAUUUUGCUCAGUCACUUAGACCCCAUUCUCAGCAAUAUAGAAGACUUUGGAAAUAGAAUACCUCGCGAUAUAUUCCUUCUCCAAUGUGCAAAUCUUCUCGAAAGAGCCGCUGCAUGCCAUUCGCAUUCUAAAACAACUAACGACAUGCGACAAGUUGCCGCCUUUCCAAACUCUACCGGUGAUCAUUCAAUGGCUUUUGAAGUUCUUUCGGAGCUUUGGAACACUUUAUUCCCAGACACUUCGUUGAAUGCUACAGAGGUUUACAGCACCACUACUUUCCAACUUGUCUUAAACAAAGUUCGCGAGCUGAAAACACACGUAGAGUCCCUUUUAUGCGAUCACCGUACCAAAGAUACGCAGGACUAUGAUUCCGAAAAAAUGUCGCGUUUGGAAGCUAGGGUUCACGAAAUGGAGAUUUAUGCUUCCGAUCAGGUGGAUCGAGCCAAAUCGCAGCUUAUUGAGUUAACGCAGAAAAUCGAAUUGCAAGCAACCGACUACGAUCAGUUGAUCCGUGACAAAGAAUCAGAAAUAUCCGAGCUACGCGAGCUUUGCGAUCGUCUCUCUGAGGAGCUUGCUGUUUAUUCUAAUUUUUGGUAUUCACUCAUGACAUUUUAUUGCGCUGUAUGCCCUAAUUUGACUCCGCCUGAAAGCUUUGUUGAUUGGUCAUCGGUCGCCAGCGAAUUCCAGGCCAACGAUUUCUGUAUGGAGGCCCAGGAACUUACACGUCUUUUGGGCGCAUUCUCACAGGAGUUGAAGUUAUUUCUCCAGGGGAGUGCUAAUGCACCGCUUACUUGCGAUGUUGCAACAGGAAACGAUCCGCCAUUUGCUGAAGUUGUUCCUAAUGAUGUCACUGCUGAACAUGCAGUUCGGAAUGCAGACGAGUGGCGUAUUUUACAAGCGCAGUUGAUCGACCUCCGAACCGAAUUGUCCAACACUAAGAAAACGUCUACGGAAGCCAUGGCAUCUUCGACUGAGGCGCAAGAGAAAUUGUUGAAACAAGAAGAGAAGAUUCAGCGAAUGAAAUCUAUGCUUUUGCGGCUGAAGCAGGAAGAAAGUGAUCACCGAGUUGAUUUACAACGAGCACAAGAAGACAUUUCACGUUUGCAAGGCGAAUUGAGCGUAGCUCUAGAAGAGUCGAACAAACUCAGGAGCUAUAAAGAGCAAUCGGAAAAAGCUGCAACGUCUAAUCUGGAUGAAAUUUUCAAACUCAAAUCAAACAUUUUGAAUUUAAAAGAAGAACGGGAUUUCGCUAUUGACCGGUUCAGAAAAUUGCAAAGCGAUUUUAGUGCCUAUAAGAUAAAGGCCGUUAACAAAUUGAGAGCUCCAGCUCACGAGCACCAGAAGUCUACUUGCGACUCUGUGAACGACGAUGGGAAUUCGGAUCUCGUAGUGUCCACAGAACCCAUCGAAGUGAUGCAACUGAAAGCGCGUCUUACAACCGUAGAACGAAGUGCUGACGAAGCAGCAACGCGAGCCUCGCUGGCGCGUACUGAAUGCGAAUUGAUGAGGGAGGAGUUAAGUGCCGUCAAACAAAAGUGA